CGGCUAACCUCAACAUCAAGUCUUCCUUGUCCCUUCUCUCUCUACAAAGAAACAAAAGUCAAAUGUCUUUUUUUCUUACAAGUUUCUGAAAGAUAUAUAUAGUACUAUCUUCUUCAAUUCUCAUUUUUAUUUGAAAAUUAAUGGGGUGCAAGCAAUUAGUGGAGAAGCCAAAGCAAAAGCACAAGAGAGGAUUAUGGUCUCCAGAUGAAGACCAGAAGCUCAAAGGAUACAUCCUCACCUAUGGACAUGGCUGCUGGAGCUCCAUGCCUAUCAAUGCUGGGUUGCAAAGGAAUGGAAAGAGUUGCAGAUUGAGGUGGAUUAAUUAUUUAAGGCCUGGCCUAAAGCGAGGGACUUUUAACACUGAAGAGGAGGACACAAUUCUGACCCUUCAUGGCAUGUUAGGCAACAAGUGGUCUCAAAUAGCACAGCAUUUGCCUGGAAGGACCGAUAACGAGAUAAAGAACCACUGGCACUCUUACUUAAAGAAGAGAGUGGCCAAAAUUGCAAAAGAUGAAGCUGGACAGGCUACAUCUGGAUGCACUAGCCUACAUAUUGGAAAUAGAGAAUCUUCACCUUCUUCAAUAAAAUUUGCUUCCCAAAAUUCAAGUCCGCACUCAUUUGAACACAUAGAAGGUUCAUUUGCAGAUAGUGGUCAAUCUGCUUCACUACAGGUUGACUUUGCAAGAGAAAAUUGCAAAAGCAAUUUACCAAAAGUCUUAUUUUCUGAAUGGUUCUCGUUAGAACAAUUUAGUGGUCAAGAAGAUUUCAAGAACACAACCAAUCAAGAUCUUUCCAAGAAUAAUUUUGGAUGCAACGAUUCAGUGUUCCCAGAUGCUUUCAUGCAAUAUGUUCCACUGAUGAAUGAAGUUACCUAUGGGAAUCACAUAAAUCAAGAUUUUCACAGUGGGACUUUGGAUGGAAUAUCCCAAAACCACUCUGCUAAUGGUUUUGAGGAAUUUAUAUCAGGGGAAUUUAACAUACACGGCAAUGUGAUGUAAAUAUGAGUUCUUUUUUUACUACCUCCUUCAGGAAGAACAACUUCUAAUUGCUUUACCAAAUAAUGUUAGUAAAUUGUCUGGAACAAAUAAUCUAUGUUGCUCGGACUCUUCAAAAAUGUCUUAAAUUGCAUGUCGGGUCCUUCAAAAGUAGUAGAUUUUUUGGAACAUCCGACAUGGGUGCGGCAAUAUUAUUGAAGAGUCCUCACAACAGAACAACUCAAACCAGAAAUGUUAUGUCCUGUUUUUUCCUCAUAGAGUUGAGAGGAAGCAGACAGCAAUGAUCUAGCUAUAGUUGUUUUUUAUUUUUCUUUGCAAGUUAAAAUAGAUGUCUUUUCUAGUGUCCAUACUUUACAAAGUCCAAGUACAUUCCACUUGUAAUAAAGUUAGAAUGCCCUGUACAGGUUACUUUGUCCUCAGAGAAUUAAAUUUUGAAAAUC